AUGAAGCUAUUACUGGGAAAUGAGCAGGACGCUCCUGUCCCCAAGGUCGCCAUUAUUGCAAAGGAAAGCUAUGCAUUGCUGCUGGGAUGCAGCAGAAGUCCUGGAGGGGACUUUGGAGCCAAAAAGAAAAAGAAGAAGCAGAAGAGAAAAAAGGAGAAGCCGAGUUCUGGAGGCACCAAGUCUGACUCUGCGUCGGAUUCCCAGGAGAUUAAAAUUCAUCAGCCUUCAAAAAACCCCACCCUCCCCAUGCAGAAGCUGCAGGACAUCCAGAGAGCAAUGGAGCUGCUGUCAGUGUACCAGGGCCCCGCCAGAAGCAUUGAUGAGGCCACCAGGCGCAGAUACCAGUUCUGGGACACACAACCAGUGCCCAAGCUCCAUGAAGUAGUAACUUCCCAUGGUGCAAUUGAACCUGACAAAGACCACGUGCGGCAGGAGCCAUACUCGCUGCCACAGGGCUUUAUGUGGGAUACUUUGGACUUGGGUAAUGCCGAGGUGCUCAAGGAAUUGUACACGUUGUUAAACGAGAAUUACGUAGAGGAUGAUGACAACAUGUUCCGUUUCGACUAUUCGCCGGAGUUCCUGCUGUGGGCUCUGCGUCCCCCAGGCUGGCUGAUGCAGUGGCACUGUGGGGUCCGAGUGUCUUCCAAUAAGAAACUAGUAGGGUUCAUAAGUGCCAUCCCAGCCAAUAUCCGGAUUUACGACAGUGUGAAGAGGAUGGUAGAAAUCAACUUCCUUUGUGUUCACAAGAAGUUGAGAUCAAAGCGGGUCGCCCCAGUGUUGAUUCGAGAAAUAACUAGAAGAGUGAACCUGGAGGGGAUCUUCCAGGCGGUGUACACUGCCGGAGUGGUUCUGCCGAAGCCAGUGGCCACAUGCAGGUAUUGGCAUCGAUCCCUAAAUCCCAGAAAAUUAGUAGAAGUGAAAUUUUCUCACUUGAGUAGGAAUAUGACACUGCAGCGAACCAUGAAGCUGUACAGACUUCCUGAUGUUACCAAGACUUCAGGUUUGAGGCCAAUGGAACCAAAAGAUAUCAAAGCGGUUCAGGGAUUGAUCAACCGUUACCUGAAGCAGUUUCAUCUGGCUCCGGUGAUGGAUGAGGAGGAAGUGGCCCACUGGUUCCUGCCCCAGGAGCACAUCAUCGACACGUUUGUAGUGGAGAGCCCCAGCGGGAGACUGACAGACUUCCUGAGUUUCUACACACUCCCCUCCACCAUCAUGCACCACCCCUCCCACAAGAGCCUCAAGGCCGCCUACUCCUUCUACAACAUCCACACCGAGACGCCCCUGUUGGACCUCAUGAGUGACGCGCUGGUCAUUGCUAAGCUGAAAGGAUUCGAUGUCUUCAAUGCCCUAGAUUUGAUGGAGAAUAAGACCUUCUUGGAAAAACUCAAGUUUGGUAUUGGAGAUGGAAAUUUACAGUAUUAUUUGUACAACUGGAGGUGUCCAGGAACGGAUUCUGAAAAGGUUGGCCUUGUCCUCCAGUAGAUGGAUACAGUCAUUUCUAGGACACUGACAUCCUCCCUUGUUAAUACUCUAUUUAAUGAUUCCUGGAACUGCCAUUCCAAAGAGAAAUAAAGCACAAGUUCAGUGAAGUCAUAUAGUCAACAACAACCCUAACCGGAGAAAGCCUCACGUGGCCAUCUAUCUAGCUAGAAUGUGGGGGGAUAUUAUCCUUUCUUGGCUGUUUACCUGCCGAGGGACAAAGGGUUGAGAGAAUGAAUGUCCUCUAGUUUUCAGGCUUCCAGCUUUUCUGAGGAAGUAGGGUAUUUCCCACUCUUGACGAAUGGGACCUCUUCUGUGGACGGAGCCAAGUCCCAGCAGCUUGUGAUGGAAGUCUGCAGCUGCGUGGAGAUACACAGCGGCCUUUCUUGUUCGGUGGUGAGACACGUAUGGAAACAGAACAGAAGAAUAAAGGAUCCAUUUCGGGAGUUCUUGCCUUCCACAGUGCCCCUGGGAUGGCCUGGAUGGAGAAGCAUGAAGCCUUGUGACAGUGUCCCAGGGGACAGGCACACUCAGGACUCCAUAAGUAAAAUGGCCAAAUGGAGAAGCGCACAGCUUUGACCUUCAGCAGGCCGGUGGAUGGUUUCAGAAGCAAGAGUUUAGAACCAAUCUUAAAUGUGUUUUCUGAGAGACCACGUACCUGUGACGGACCAGGCUUUUGCUGCCAUUGGCAAUCUCCAGUUCCUUCUUGGCAACAUCAAGGAUAUGUGAGCAAAGGAAAUAAAAGCUCUAACGUUCAAAAUCAACACCCGGUGGCAUUUAUUAGUGCUGUCGGGACAAUGGCAGUUUUGAACGUUCUUAUUACUUAUGCAGAGUUGCACAUACUCCCCACAUUACCGUGAAAACUGAUGUGGUAAUGGAAAGUGUCUCACUUGUAAAUAAGUGUUCAUGAUUU